AUGGGUUCUGUCAAAAACCUUGACCAGGAGGCCGAUGUCUCGAUUGAACAUGCGGAGAUAGCAUCUUCACAUGCCCCCCCUGCCUAUGAAAUAUCAAGGGUCACGUGGUGGAAACUCCAUGGUCUGAGAAAGCUCUAUGCAAUGAUGCCUCUUUUGUUUCUUGGCUCGACUAUCAAUGGAUAUGAUGGCUCGCUUUUAAACGGUUUGCAAACAAUGUCUCCGUGGCAAACCUAUUUUGAUAAUCCCACAGGGUCAACGCUUGGGUUAUUCACGGCGAUCCAGAAUAUUGGUGGGGUCUGCGCUCUUUUCUUCGCCUCUUAUGUGGCCGACCUGUUGGGACGCAGGAUCGGUGUAGCAGUGGGCCUUGUCGUGAUCUUCAUUGGCACAAUAAUACAGGUUGUCCCACCUGUGAACAGUGGAAUGUUCAUCGCUGGAAGAUUCCUGGUCGGUCUUGGUUCCAACAUCAGUCAGGGGUCGGCCCCGUUGCUCAUCACAGAGCUGGCACAUCCUCAGCACCGCGGAACAUUGACAACUAUGUACAACACUCUGUGGUAUAUUGGAUCAAUUGUCGCGGCUUGGACUGUUUUUGGGACCAUUAAAUAUAAUUCGGAAGCAUCUUGGAGGAUACCGGUUGGGAUGCAAGCAGCUAUGCCUGCUAUUCAAUUUGUAGGAAUCUGGUUCCUCCCGGAAAGUCCUCGCUGGCUAUGCGCCAAAAACAGGCCAGAUGAAGCCUUCAACAUCUUGGUAAAGUAUCAUGGCAAUGGGGACCAAACGGAUCAACUCUGUGCAUUUGAGUUCUAUGAGAUUCAGGAAACCUUGCGACUGGAAGAGGAAAACUCCCGGAACGGCUGGCAGACCCUUAUAAAAACUCCGGGAAAUCGUAAACGUCUCCUCCUGAUUGUGUUGGUUUCCUUCUUUUCUCAAUGUUCGGGAAAUGGCCUGGUAUCAUAUUACCUGCACUCGAUCCUGAACUCAGUGGGUAUCGAGUCGUCGCAUGAUCAGGCGGUGAUUAACGGAGGCUUGCAACUUUGGUCCUUCCUUGUGGCUAUCGGAUUCUCCUCCUUCCUCGUCGACGUUCUGGGCCGGCGGAUGCUCUUUAUGAUCGCAGCCGUAGGAAUGCUGGUAAGCUUCAGUAUUUGGACAGGAUGUUCCGCUGUUUAUGCGAAUACAGGAGACACCGGAGCAGGAAGCGCGGUGAUUGCAAUGAUAUUUCUCUUUUACGGUGUGGCAGGCUUCGCGUGGCCCGGACUCACCGUGGCUUACUGCGCGGAGAUCCUUCCAUUUCAAAUCCGAGCGAAGGGAAUGGCUGUUGCGUUCGCUUGCACAUCAGCGGCAUCGGUCUUCAAUCAAUACGUGAACCCGAUUGGUUUGGAAAGAUUGCAAUGGAAAUUUUAUUUUGUUUAUAUCGCCAUUCUUGUCGUUGAGUGUCUUUGUAUUUGGUUCCUUUUUGUCGAGACAAAAGGUCCGACCUUGGAGGAAAUUGCAGCAUUAUUUGAUGGUGACGAUGCGAACGUUGGAAGGUCAGUGGAGGGGGUGACACAUCAAAGAGCCGCGAAUACCGAGAAAAUUAGCGCGUAA